CGGAAUAGUGCUGUAUGUUCUACUAAACAACAAGUUCUGCACAAGUGAUUUAUAAAGUUAAAAGUUUAUAAAGUGAGAGUAAACAAAAUAUUAAAAAUGCCACCUAAAUUGAUGUCCACCAAAUCCAACUAUGGAUAUAAGGAUGCUGUACAGGAGGCACUUUCCGAGGGACUUUCGACGUUGGAUUACCAAAUAUUGUUGGACAAACUGAAUGCCAAUCAGAAGCGAGUGGUUCCAUUUGGCAACACUAGCAAAACUCGUUAUACCUUGCUAAAGUGCUUCCAACGUUUCCAGGCAAAAUCCAAUGAUGUCACUGAUGGAGUCUAUGAGUCUACUGACAUUUCCAUUGAGCCGGCAGACGAAACAUUGAUAGAAGCCAAUUUGAAAUGUUUUCGAAAAGAGUGCCACAGUGGAAAUGAAAGUUUGAAUCGAUCGGUCCUCCUAGUUGACAAUUUGAAUAGCCCACGUGCAAUGUUUUCAAAAUGCAAUUAUGAGGACUGUAAAUUUAAGGUGAUCGAUUUUAAAAAUAUAUAUUCAUUAUUAACUAACCAUUUCUCUGCUUCAAAAAAUCAUCCUCGGGACUUCAACGCAAAGGUUGGGCGCGAACGCAUCUUUGACCGCACCGUCGGUAAAUUCAGCCUCCACGAGACCACCUCGAACAACGGUUUCAGGCUGAUUGACUUCGCCGCGGCGCGAAACAUGGUAGUGAGUAGCACCAGAUUUCGGCACCUCGACAUCCACAAGGCCACAUGGCUGUCCCCUGAUCAGAAAACGCGCAACCAGAUUGAUCAUGUUGUGAUAGACGGAAGGCAUGCCUCAAGCGUGAUGGACGCUGCGAUCACAACGGACAGCAACAGCCUACUCCACUCACCUCUCGGAACUGCUCCACCAACCAACCCUCUUCCUGUUGACGCCGGCGGACUCUGGGCGCACAUAUCCCACUCCAUGCGAGCUGCCGCUGAAACAGCCAUUGGGUUCAAGCGCCCACCCACACGGAACCAAUGGUAUGACGAGGAGUGUCGCGUCGCAGCUGCGGCAAAAAACGCCGCCUACAGAAGAACGCUGCAGUCUGGCGCAACGCGAGCUACGUGUGAACGUUACAGGGAGAAAAGGAAGGAAGAGAGGCGGCUUUUUAGACGGAAAAAACGGGAGAAAGAAAAGCGAGAGUGCGAGGAACUCGAGGUGUUGCAGGACAGAAAUGAUGCUCGAAAAUUUUACCAACAAGUCAACCGUCUGACACAUGGUUUCAAGACCGGAGCAUCUAACUGUCGAGAUGAAAACGGGAUUCUGGUUACAGAUACGCAGUGCACGCUGAGGUUAUGGAGGGCGCAUUUCUCCAAGCUACUAGCAGGCGAUGACGGCACCAAUUCCGCCAUUGGAGGAAGCAACCCGAUACCACCAAUCAACGACAAUGUGGAUAUACCACUACCUAGCCAUGACGAGGUCCGAGUUGCUAUUAUGCGACUCAAAAACAACAAAGCAGCCGGUGCUGAUGGACUGCCUGCAGAGUUGUUUAAGGCCGGCGGCGAAGAGCUGAUAAGGUGCAUGCAUCAGCUCUUCUGCAGAAUAUGGCUAGAGGAAAGCAUGCCUAACGAUUGGAAUCUCAGCGUCCUUUGUCCUGUGCUGAAGAAAGGCGACCCGACGAUAUGCACCAACUACCGGGGAAUUAGCCUGAUUGCCAUCUCAUAUAAGGUCCUAUCGAGCGUAAUAUGUGAACGACUGAAGCCGUAUACCAGCACACUGAUCGGACCUUAUCAGUGCGGCUUCAGACCUGGCAAAUCCACCAUAGACCAGAUCUUCACAUUGCGCCAAAUCCUGGAGAAAACCCAAGAAAAUGGAAUUGACACACAUCAUCUCUUUGUCGAUUACAAAGCUGCAUUCGAUAGUCCGACACGAGAACGCCUAUAUGCCACCAUGUCUGAGUUCGGUAUUCCUGCAAAGCUGAUACGUCUUUGCAGGAUGACAUUGAGCAGCACCAUCAGCUCUGUCAAGGUAGGAACGAACCUCUCCGAACCUUUCAAUACCGUUCGAGGUUUCAGACAAGGCGACCCCCUGUCGUGCAACCUCUUCAACUUUGUGAUGGAAGGGGUCUUGCGGAAAGCCGGUGUGCAUCGUGCUGGUACUAUAUUUUAUAAAAGUGUCCAGCUCCUUGCUUACGCGGAUGAUAUUGACAUCAUUGGCCGCAGCAAGCGUGAUGUCACUGCUGCAUUUUCCGCUAUCGAAAAGAGUCAGCAAAAGGAGACGCGGCGUCUAGACUCCCAGGUGGUAGCAGACAACUAUACGUUCGAAGUGGUCAAGGAGUUCACAUACCUUGGCACUGCCAUUAAUACCAAAAAUGACGUCAGCCUGGAGAUCAAACGAAGAAUCACACUUGCCAAUAGGUGCUACUUUGGUCUGAAAGCAUGGGUAGUGUCAAUGACAGAUGCAGUAGCGCUUGGAGUGUUCGAGAGGAAAAUUCUUCGCAAGAUCUUCGGUCCCGUUCGGAUUGGGGACGACUUUCGCAUUCGGAUGAACCACGAGCUGUACGAGUUGUACGACGACGUGGACGUGGUCCGGCGCAUCACGAUACAACGUCUGCGCUGGCUCGGCCACGUUGUGCGUAUGGAUGAAGAAUCUCCAGCUCAGAAGGUAUUCGAAGCGAGAGUCGACUACGGGCGACGACGAAGGGACGACCAAAUCUUCGAUGGAAGGACCAAGUAG